AUGCCAACGUCUCGUCAGGCCGUCGCUAACCUCUAUGGCAAGAUCGCCGAUUAUGAGAAUACUCGGUUAGCGACGCAUCCAAUGGAGCGCGAGCUCACUCUACGCGCUAUUCGUGAAGCUCUAGCUACCUCUGACACUACACAUGAUGAACGCAAGCGCAUUGCAGACGUAGGAGGUGGCCCUGGGAAGAUAGCCUUUGCACUCGCUGAUCAGGGCCAUCAUGUCGAUCUCAUCGAUCUCAGUCCCGAUCUGAUCCGUCUUGCGGAAGCUGAGCAGCACCGGCGCGCCGCAAGUGCUGAGAGCCUGGCACUUCUUGGUAGCAUUGGCGUGGGCGACGCUUUGGGCAGGAUUCCUUUAACGAAAGGCUCAUACGACGCUGUUCUUCUACUGGGACCUCUGUAUCACCUCCUGGAAGAGACUGAGCGGAAACAGGCUGUCGAGAACGCUCUUGCGCUCGCAAAGCCUCAGGGAGGGCUGGUUUUCUGCGCGUUCGUCAGUAAGGAAGCGCACUUAAGAGAUCUCGCAAUGCGCGACCCCGAGAGGCUUGUUAAACAGAAAGAAUUUUAUGCUAAAUACCUCACCGACGGCCGUUAUGAAAGGUUGAACGAGAGCCUCGAAGCACAAGUACAAUCUUUCCAUACGGACAGUGGCAGCAUCCGUCGGUUCUUUCAGCGUCACUUUGCUGACGUGGCAGAGCUUGUCAGUCUGCGGUCUACGGAGGGGAUUUUAGGUGGUGGGCUCGACGCCAAGCUCGUUGAUGCCGACAUUGAAGUCAUUCGGGCAUGGGCAGACUUGCUGUUUGAGCAAUACUCCGAGAAAGAAGAGUACCUAGGAUGUGCAGACCAUCUGCUUGCCGUCCUGCGCAAGAGGUGA